CUCAAGUUCAAACCAAAUCCAGAGGACUGCCUGGUACAACUGCAGUCUUACAACAAAGCAACUCUGCCCCUGUUAAAGUGUAUGGUGAUGAAGAUGGUGCAUGUAGCAAUGCAUUGCUGCCAGCCACUGGUGAAUGGACACAGUUAGCCCCAAGAGUUGAGGUAGCUAAAGAAAACACACAGACAGCUGGUAAAUGGAAUAAAUGCAAGAUUCCUCAACGUGGUGGUGUUAGUAUUGGUAUCAAUGAUGUUGAUAUGCCAGCCUUCUCUGUACAUGAAGACCCUGAGCAAUUAGUUACACCUUGUAAGCGAGCUGAAAUGGAUCGCCAAGUAUUGAGUGCAAGGAAACCACAAAAACCAGUAAAUCCACUUCAUAACAUAGCACUGGUAAGUGUAUUGCAUAUAAUUUUAGUGAGAUGUANAACAAACAUCUAGUGUAUGCUGGUGUCAAAGAAAUGUCUUUUGAAGAACUUCGUGGAGCAGUAUAUAAGCAAAAAUCAGCCCAGAAAGCUAUAACAGAGCAAGAAGAUCGUUUAAGAAAACAGCAAGAGCAGUUUUCAUUAGAGAGAGAGAGGUUUUUAGAUGAACAGAGAAAAUUAAUGGAAGAAAACAAACGAUACUUUGAAGAACAGCGACAACAAUUUGAAGAAUUAAAGAACAAUGUAGUCAUGAAGAGUAAUGUAGAAAUCAAAAGGGAGAUGUCUGAAAGGGUACAGGAAGAGGAAUGUGUUCAAAGCAGACAGGUUACUGUGCUAGCAGCAAAACAAAGUCUGAAAUUUGCUAAUGAACCAGUCAGUUCCCAAACCAAUAAUGUACAAAUAAAUCAGGGCAAGCCCUUCUCCCAAAGACCUGGAGACGUACCCCACUUGAGACCUGGAGACGUACCCAACUCGAGACCUGGAGACGUACCCAACUCGAGACCUGGAGACGUACCCCAAUCAAGACCUGGAGACGUACCCAACUCGAGACCUGGAGACGUACCCCAAUCAAGACCUGGAGACGUACCCCAAUCAAGACCUGGAGACGUACCCCAAUCAAGACCUGGAGACGUACCCCAAUCAAGACCUGGAGACGUACCCCAAUCAAGACCUGGAGACGUACCCCAAUCAAGACCUGGAGACGUACCCCAAUCAAGACCUGGAGACGUACCCCAAUCAAGACCUGGAGACGUACCCCAAUCAAGACCUGGAGACGUACCCCCAUCGAGACCUGGAGACGUACCCCCAUCGAGACCUGGAUACAUACACCACUCAAGACCUGUAUCCUAUCAAGGCGAUAUUGGAAAUGUUAUUCAGCCUAUGGAGCUUGGUUCACAAUCAAUCAACUCAAAUGCAUCAAAUGGUAUUAUACCACUUGGUACAGUGAGAGACAGAGUGCAAAUUCAACCACAAAAUAGAGAAAGGGAAUUAGUGCAUCGAAGUGCGAUGGAAACAUCCAACUCACAUGAUCAGCAAGUCAGUGCAAUGGAAACAUCCAACUCGCAUGAUCAGCAAGUCGGUGCGAUGGAAACAUCCAACUUGCAUGGUCAGCGAGUCAUUGCGAUGGAAAUAUCCAACUCGCAUGGUCAGCAAGUCAGUGCGAUAGAAACAUCCAACUCGCAUGGUCAGCAAGUCAGUGCGAUGGAAACAUCCAACUCGCUCAGUCAACGAGUCAGUGGAUAUAAUAGUCGCGCAGCAAAGCAACGCAGCACCUACAAUAACACUAGAAUAUCACUUCCAUAUCUGGACAAACCAGCUGACUAUAAAACAGAGAAUUCAGUAUUGUCUGAACAGAACAAGAUGACAGUUAAGACUGAAAGGAUUUCACUUCCAUUUUUAGACAAAUCAUUAGAAAAAGACAAAGAUUUUACAGUAACACAGCAACUUUGUUUUGAAGAUAUGACUAGCACAGGAAUUUUCACAAAUCAAGGAAUGGUGCCAACUGUAACUUCAUCUUUAAAAAUGGAGCGGCAGCAGCAACCAUCACAAUCUAUACCUGCAAAUACAAAUAAAACUCCAGUAGGUCUGUGUGUGUCAAAUGAUAGUGUACCUAAAAAAACAACAGUAGAUUUUGUACACAAUCUGUCAAGUGGACAUCCAACACCUAAUACACCAGGCUUCUCGUUAGUUGCUCCAUCACCAACAGUUUGUACUAAAGAAGCAAUGGGUGUUAUCACAGCUAUGUUUGCUGUUCGUGAUCCUUGGUUACCAGAAGAAGAUCAGCCUGAGAAAAAUGUUCACUUUGAAGCCCAGUUUGCCACGACAGAACCAUCAUCCAGUGGAUUUCAGCAUUCAUCAAAUUCAGUGUUUUCAUCAAAAACAACAAUAAAUCCGCUAACCACACAACCAUUUAGUGAAGUCAACAAUGAUAUACAGUCUGGAGGAUUUGUCAUCUAUGAUGAAACUGCUAUGUCAAACAAAGAAAACCAGGAUAACAGACAGAGUGUGAUUGAAACAAGUGGUGAACUUGGGGAUCACUUAUCAGGUGACCAGGAACAUGAAAUGAUUGAUGGAAUGCAAGUUUUGCAAAUUACUGAUAAGAUGAAUACAACAUUAGCAAAUACAGGACCACAAAGUGACAAUUUUCAGAGAGCAGCUCGUAUGGCAUCAACUCCAUUUAAUCCAUCUGCGCUGUUUAAUCCAUCAGCUUGUCCCCCCUCCCCUCCAUGUAGUACAAUCAGAGGUCUAGACAACACUCAUAACCACAGACAACUAAAUCUUGGAGACAGUCUGCUACUGUCUACUGUCAGCUACAAAGACGAUGCACAUACAGGCCAAGAAAAUGUGAAAAUGAAAUUAGGAGAAAUAUUGACAAUUGAAACUGAAAAUCACUCACAAAAUACAGCUGCAGUUAGAAUUACGAAACAAUCCUCAGAAGAAAAUUAUGAGACUACUAUAAAUACAGUGCCACCCUCAACACCACUAAGUCCAAUCUUAGAGAGAAGUUCUGAAGAUUAUCAUUCUUCUAAAUCUAGUGCUGGUAGCAGUGGAAUGCUUUCACAGUUGUCUUCAAGAUCCAUGCCAUUAUGCGAGACUACCAAGUUAAAGGAGUCAUCGAUAUGUAAUCUGGAUAACACAUCUCAAAAGUUACAAGAAACCACUAUGAAACAUACUUCUCAGGCACUGGAGCAUACUCGGGAAACAAACAUCAGUCAUUCAAUGAGUGUCAUGGCGCACCCACAAGAAACAAACAUCAGUCGUUCAAUGAGUGUCAUGGAGCACCCACAAGAAAUAAUCAGUCGUUCAAUGAGUGUCAUGGAGCGUCCACAAGUUACAAAAAAGUUACAAGAAACCACUAUGAAACAUACUUCUCAGGCACUGGAGCAUACUCAGGAAACAAACAUCAGUCGUUCAAUGAGUGCCAUUGAGCUCCCUCAAGAGACAAACAUCAGUCGUUCAAUGAGGUCCAUGGAGCUCCCUCAAGAGACAAACAUCUGUCAUUCAAUGAGUGACGUGGAGCGCCCACAAAAAACAAACAUCAGUCAUUCAAUAAGUGCCAUGGAGAAUAUGGAAGAUGAGGAAUACUGUAAUACACCAACUCUUGAACUAACAAGUGGUAUUAAUCCAUUUGAUAAAAACUUCAUAUCACAUCUACUGACGACUAUUUCAACACCCCUUCAAAGCUAUCCUGGUUACUUUGAAAUUGAUUCAGAUUUACCAAAUCUGCAGCAGGGACUAGCAAUUAACUUUGAUUCUGACUUGUUUCAAAUCAAGAAGCGUAUUGGUGAGGGUGCAUUUGCUAAGAUAUACAGAGCUGGUAAACUUGAUGCUAAUGAUUUUUCCAACUUUGAGUGUCAUGAUGAGAUUGUAUUGAAAGUACAGAAACCUGCCUGGCCAUGGGAGUUUUAUAUUGUGAGAGAACUCGGCAACAGAUUACAAAUGUUAAAAGAACCUAUUGAUAUAAGCUGUGGAUUGAUAGAGCUUGACACUGCCUAUAUGUACAAUAAUGGUAGUAUUCUGACAACUAAACUACAAAGCAAUGGCUCAUUGCUAUCCUUGAUAAAUCUAUACAGUAAAAUGAAUAAUACAAGCUGUAUGCCAGAACCAUUGAUUAUAUUUUAUACCAUUGAGAUUCUACAUAUUGUUGAACAAAUGCAUAAAUGUGGUAUUAUACAUGCUGAUAUUAAACCAGAUAACUUCCUUGUCAGAAAUAUUGAUGAAGACAUUGAUACAAACAAAGCCCUUAGUGAAGUAGCAGGACUACAGCUGAUUGAUUUUGGACAAUCAAUUGAUAUGAAAUUGGUGCCAGAAGGGACUACAUUUACAUCAUCAUGUUAUACUUCAGGUUUUAUGUGUCAUGAAAUGCAGACUGGUAAACCAUGGACAUACCAGACUGAUUACUAUGGAAUUGCAGCUACUGUGUAUUGCAUGAUGUUUGGUCAGUAUAUGUCAACAUUCCGUCGUGGUAUAUACUGGAGACAAAACAAAUCAGUAUACAGAUGGUUUCAUGCUUCAGUUUGGAAUGAUUUCUUUCACGAUAUGCUCAAUGUACCUGGCUGUACACAGUUACCAUCCCUGUCAGAUCACAGGCAAAAGCUACAGGAGAUUCUACAGACAGUUCCUGUUGAAACUUUUCAGAAACUUAAACAAAAACAAGAUAUGAUGUUAUUUGAAGCACAGAACAUGUAAUUAUGUUGUCAAGGUUACAUCAAUAGCCUACACAACUGUUAGGGUGUUUUGUAUGGAAUUUAUUUUCACUGACUUUUGACAAGUUUAAUGUAAAAUAUAGGAAAAAAAUAUAGUUGGUGGAUUUUAUUUUCAUUGAAUCAUUCCUUCAGAGAAAGUAGAAAAAUUAAUUCCAAGCAAAAAUAAAGUAUUUUACAGUAUAUUCUAUUAUUCUUAUUUGUGAAUUUUGAAUUUACAAUACCUACAAUGCAGGUUUUGUUUUUAAUAUUACACAGAUGCAAGUACUGUUUACUUUUAAGACUACUUGUGUUAAUGAAUUAAUUUUAAAUGUACAUGUAUAUUACCAUUUAACAACACAGUUUAUACAUUAUGUGUCUUCAAUUUACAUGUUUUGCUUACAUUGUCAUUACACCAAUUUCAGAAACAUGAUGAACAAGAAACAAAUUAACAGAAUCAAAACUAAACAAAUAGUGUUUUGAAUGAGUAAUUUAUAUGGCCUGUCCUGUCAAUUAAAUACUGUUAAACCACGGGAAUUUUUGCAAUCUUAUGAUAUUAAUGAAAGUCACUGAAACUCCAUUUUCUGAUUUUAACUGACUUAAAAAUUUGUCUUGCGAAAUUAAGGCACUUAACAAUCGUCAUUGAUACAUGGAAGUAUGCACUUAACUUUGAGUAUGCGGAGGGGCAUCUUUAACUCACUGCUAAGAAAUUGUUUCUUCAGCAAGGGACUUUUUUCACAGCACAAUUAAUGCAUAUACUUUGAUGUACCAAUGGGAAUUCAUUGAAUAACGAGUGAAAACAAAACUUUGAACUAGUUUUUUAGUCUGCCAUGUAACAGUGUAACAAGACUUAUCCCUACACAACAACAUAUAUAAAUUUGGUUGCUCAGUAUAACUUUAAAGUUGUGUUUAUCCAUCAAUCAGCUUAGCACAGCAGCUGACCCAUACAAAUACAUUGUACAGUGCAAGCAACAUACAAUGUUCUGUGACCUAGCUCAGCCCUGAGAAUAUCAAUAAUAUUAACUUUAUAUCAAUAUCAAUAGAUAUAUUUCAAAUAGUUUGGACAUUGUUAAUAGGUUUAAAUGUCAUGACUGUAGCAGUUUUUCUAGAAAUGUUUUUCAAAAUUAUUUUUCUUCAUGUGUAUUUCUUGCAGUUAGUAAAACUUGUAAUGUGUCUGUA